GAGUAAAGCCACUCCUUACCCAGGACACAGCGAUGGGUUGAGGAGCGGAGACAGGAGACAGCUCUGAAAUCUGACAACUUUAACAUUUAAUAUCUCUUUUCGAGCCAAUUCUGGCUCUGCUUGGAAUCAUCUCUGGUAGUAAGAUAAUUUUAUUUUUCUUUGUAUUGUGUCAUGUUUUUUAAAUAGAAUUUGCUACCAUUCAGACUGCGCUCUGACCAGAAGUUGAGAGCAGAAUUUCAGAGUACUUUUUAUAGUCUAUACAUAACUGAGGAUGAUGAGGUCGAUGAACGUGAUCAGCCUUCUCCUGUUCUGCUAUGCAUGUUUCUCAUUUGGAAAUAGUGAGGUCUAUUUUAUUUCCAAGAACUUCUUCAAUGUACUCCGCUGGGAUCCUGUGAAGCCUGCAUUUCCUGGGCAAAAGGUGCUCUACAGUGUGCAGUACUGCAAUGAUUUUGACGAGCAAUGCGAGAUAAAAAAGGAGUGCCAGAACAUGGCUGGCCUGUCAUGUGACCUGACUGCAGAAACCCCAUCAGUGCAUGAUGUUCACUAUGUUGCUAAAGUGUGUGUUAACGAUACCUCUUGUGGCUUCUCAACAAGAUUUAAACCUUUAAGAGACACCAUCCUUGGUCCACCCAUUUUGUCGACACACACAACAGCAUCUUCUGUGUAUGUCGAUGUCACCCUGCCGCAGGGGCCGGAUGGAGAGUCCAUUGCAGACAUCAUCACUAAGAGUAAAGAUGGUUUCUCCAAAACUGUACCGCUAUACAUUUUAAAAAUUACUAAACCAGAGUGGGCCGAACAGGUCUACGAAAGCACAACUAAUCAUUUUGACAUUAAGAUGAGGUACAACCAGACAGAAUACUGUGGUUAUGUGGUCUACAAACCAAAAUCGGAAUGGGGUUCCUCAGAAAGUGAGAACGCCUCAUUCUGCUUCAGACUAACAGAUGAUCAACUUGUUAAUUUGAAAUGGCCUCUUGUGAGUGUUGCUGUUCUGGGAGCCAUGCUCAUAAUAUCAGUUGUGUGUAUGUACAGCUAUGUGAAUGGUGGAAAGCCAAAGGAGCCACAAGCACUGCAGGAAACCUUCUCCAAGCCCAAUAAAGCGAUCCUGUAUCCAGAUGGGAAAAUUCUAAUUUCUAAAGUACUGCUUUACACUCCAAGUGAAGAAAUGGUUUGCACUGCGAUCCAGGAGAAGCAAAAAGUACCCUCACAGAUGUCUGGGGGUUAUUCCCCCCAGAACAUCCCCAGCUACAUCUGCCAACAAAAUGCUGACUUGCCUGAAGACACGGGUGCAUGCAGUACAACCCCAGAUCCUGAAAGCACAAGUGCCCAGUCCUCUGAAAUCUACAGUCAAGUUGCUGUCCAUGUCACACCUGAAGCGGAUGAAGACUUUCCUCACAGAAUCUUCUUGUUCUCUAGUGGAGAAGAAAGCUGGGAAAAUGGUGAAAUGGCUCAAAAGUACAACUCAUGUGGAGCAACACCAUUAUCGGAUUCUGAUUCUGGUGAGAUUAAUCCAGCCAAGCGGCUGUUGCUGAAUACUGUACGCAACAUCAACGGACAACUUGUGUUGCCUUUAUUUGCAUUUCAGUUACAGAGCAGUACUGGUGACACAAUAUCACCAAUGAACCCAGAGAGAAAACCUCUUUUAUCAGACCUCAUCGACUGCCAGGACGGACUAUCAAUGGUGUCCCCACAGAGCUUCGAUGGCUCAGACUGCACAGAUUCUGGAUGUGACAAUAGCUUUACAACCACACCAACCAACCCAUACUGCAACCAACAUUACCACCACUCUCAACAAGAGAGUUGUUGAGAGUGAGAUUGAGAGUGUUGAGAAUCAUUACUGAUUUUCACCAAGGAUGUCAGGCUGAACCAUCUUGUGAUGCCAUAUUUGAAUCAGCUAUAAACAAAACAGGAUGUCUGGAAACCUUCAUGGAUCCUCAUUGACACUUUUGUCAAGGUGAAGUUCAUGUGGAGAACACACAACACAAAUUCCUCUAAGAAGAAUAACUCAAACUGUAAAAAUGUAUAAAUGUAAAAAUUAUUUAUUAAACAAAAAUAUUAACCUCUAGGCCAGGGGUCUGAAAGCUGUGGCUCCAGAGCCACAAGUGGCUCUCUGGACCUUCCACAAUAGCGCUUAAUACAUGGAUAAAAAUAAAGAACUAAAUAAUUGUUUAAAAUAUA